AUGGGCUCCCAGGCAACGUGGGAUGGCCAAGAGCCAAUAGCAAUUGUUGGACUUGGUAUCGGUAAUAGUACCAAAGUCCCGAGCUCACGGUUCAAUAUUGAUGCAUACUACCACCCGAGCAAGGAACGUCCUGGAAGCUUCAAUAUUUCUGGUGGCUAUUUCCUGGACGAUGACCUAGAGGGGUUCGACCCUGGAAUGUUCAAGCUUUCGCCGCUUGAAGCCAUUAACAUGGAUCCCCAACAGCGAAAACUUCUCGAAGUAGUGUACGAGACCUUCGAGAAUGCCGGAAUAUCUCUGGAGCAGGUUGGCCUCAGAAAAACAGGCUGCUUCGCUGCCACCUUCUCCCAAGACUAUCUGCAUAUGAACACAAAGGAGCCUGACUUCCGACUGGUGUAUGCAGGUGUUGGGGUCGAUAACGGUAUGCUGGCAAAUCGCAUGAGCUAUUGUUUUGACUUGAGAGGACCGAGUGUGAUGCUCAAUACGGCGUGCUCCUCCAGCAUUAACGGGAUACAGGACGACCUCAUAGCACACCCUGGCGUCGAUGGUCAAGUUGAUGUGAUCUUGUCCGCGUACCAGCGAGCGAAUUUGCCUUUGAACGAGACCUCAUAUUUUGAAUGCCAUGGCACAGGCACUCCGGUCGGCGAUCCGAUCGAGGUCAAGGCCAUUCAUAAGGCUAUGAAUGUUUCAGGUUGUGGCAAUCAUCCUUUACUUGUCGGCAGCGUGAAACCAAAUAUCGGGCACAGUGAGCCUGUCAGUAGCAUCGCGACACUGAUCAAAGCUACAUUGGCAUUGGAACAAGGAUUGAUCCCACCAACUGCUGGAAUAUCUGUGCUCAAUCCGAAAAUCCUAGCGGCUGUCAAAGAGACCCGUUUUGUCGAGGCCGACAAAAUCGCCAAACCAGCAUUCGUGUUCACAGGCCAGGGCGCACAGUGGGCCCAAAUGGGAAUAUCUUUAUUGCAAUCCUACCCGUGCAUAGUGGGAUCGUCUAUUCAAAAACUUGAGAAUCAUCUCAAGGAAUUGGACCCGCCACCGUCAUGGGCAAUAAAGUCACUAUUACGACAGGCCGAAUCUGCCAGUGUCGUCAACGAGGCUGAAUUCUCCCAGCCUCUCUGCACAGCGGUGCAAAUAGCACUCGUAGAUCUGCUUUUCCAUUGGGGAGUUCGUCCGCUGGCAACAGUUGGACAUUCAUCUGGUGAAAUUGCAGCAGCGUAUGCUUCAGGAAAGAUCUCAGCGAAAAGUGCUAUCAGGGCUGCGUACUUCCGUGGGAAGACAGCAGCGUCACUCCAAAAGGACGGAGCCAUGCUUGCCGUCGGCCUUGGGUCUACAGAGAUCUCUGCCAAGUAUCUCGAUCGUCCGGAGACUCGAGACGGAGUGGUCGUUGCGUGCCACAAUUCCCCCAACUCCACAACACUUAGUGGAGACAAGAAGGCUAUCGAGCGGUUGAAGGUCAUCCUGGAUGAGGCUCAUGUCUUCAAUCGUACGCUCAAGACGGACGGCAGAGCCUACCACUCGCACCACGUCAAAGAGGCUGCUAAAGAGUACCUGCAGCAGCUUCAAGAUUCAUCGUCGCAAUCUACGGCGUCGAGCGGGCAAGGUCUGCUGCCUGAGGUGCCCAUGUUUUCCACGGUUAAGAAUACCGACUUGGAGGCCGAUGAGGUCUCAGAUUCAUACUGGGCCUCUAAUCUCUCAAGCCCUGUUCUAUUCGAUGAGGGUGUCCGUCUCUUGCUCAACAGCAAGCCUGAGGUCAACACUUUGAUCGAGAUUGGGCCUCACUCUGCCCUUGCUGGUCCGAUCCGACAGAUCCUGUCGGCAAAUGGCAGGGUUCAAGAUGUGACAUACUUGCCAACGCUUAAACGUGGAGAGCAUGACGCGGAGCAGCUUCUCAGAUUGGCAGGUAACCUUUGGGCUGGGAAUGGGUCAAUCGAUAUGCAGGCUGUCCUAGAACGUGCCGAUACUCUCAGGAUCGACACCUCCGGUAAUGCGAAGUCAGUCGAUACCACGUACGCCUCGCUGUUAGUCGACCUACCACCUUACCGCUGGACGUACACCAAAUCCUGGUGGGACGAGUCACGCUCGAGCAAAGAGCACCGCCAGAUGCUGGAGCCACGGCAUGAUAUCCUCGGCCGCCGGCUUCAUGGAGCAUCUCCACUGGAGCCUAUGUGGCGGAACAUUUUGAGACAGAAAGAUCUACCGUGGUUAUGCCAUCAUCGCCUUGCUGGCGAGGUCUUGUUCCCAGGCACUGGAUAUCUUGCGCUCGCGAUCGAGGCCGUCACUCAGAUUAAUGACCACCUGGAUGAGCCGAUUGACAUCAAGAGCUAUACUGUCCGAGAUGUUGUCUGCUCCACCGCGACGGUGAUACCCGACGACGAUUCCGGAACGGAGACACUCUUCCGGAUGCAGCCCGUACAAGGCAAAUCCACGACAGGAAAUCUGUGGUACAAUUGGACGGCAAGCAGCUGUUCCUACGGCACAUGGAAAGAGGCGGCAAGGGGAUCUGUUGCCGUCAACAUCGAGAACAAGGCACGCCCGCGGCCUCUCCCCACCCACGACGCGUCGUGGCGCAAGACUAAACACCUCGAUUGGAUCGAGAAGCUGAGAUCCGUCGGCGUGGAAUAUGGACCGACCUUCCGCCAUACAGAAGACGUCUUCGCUACAUUCUACGACGGCAAUCCGGACAACCUGCGCUGUGCGAUUCCCGAGGAGCUGAAGGGUCCCAUGAAACGGGAUUUGUUCCUCCGAGAAGAAUGGAAAGCGGACGCGGAUUAUCUCGACGAGACUUCACGAUAUACCAUCCCCGCCAUUGUGGACAUUAUGGUCCAUAAAAAUCCAAAGGCGGGCCGGAUGCUUCUCCUGGAGCCGGCACUUCUUGCUCAGUUCUUACCUGUGCCAUUUGGCUUGGUUUUAACCAUCGCUGUUCCCUCGACGGCUGUCAGGCACGAGCUCGAGGAGAAAUACAGAGACUACAAGACAAUUGCCUUUCUCGAAAUAGAUCUCAAUGCCUCCAGGGUUGCUGAGACUUGUGGAGAACAUGAAGAGUUCGAUUUGAUCAUUUCUGGUCUCCCUGUACACCGGCAUGCCCCCAGCCUCAGGAUCAUUUCAGAACUGCUCAGCUCUAGCGGAGCGCUCAUUUUUCAGAAACACGGCGACACCCUGCAGGAUAUACAGGCAGCUUUGGAACUUGAGGGAAGCAUGAGUGCACCCGUCCGUCCGAUCUCUGAAGAUGUUUUGCUCGCUCGCACAGGUUCUCAUGACAAGGUUGUGGAUGUCAACGGCGAGAGCAGUGGCAGCAGCGAAGCCGCUACUCCCAAACAUGUCAUGUUGGUCUAUCAAAAUGAGGCUGAGACCGCCCUCGUUGACAGUAUCUCGAGCCACCUUGCAGAACUAGGCUGGAGUGUCGAGUCGUCGUCCUUGGAAAAGGUCGACAUCACCAUUGCGAAGAGCGAAGAGACAAAAGUGGUUGUCCUGGACACUACCCCAGACACCGGCUCGCUCCUCACGCGUAUCAAUGACUUACAGUUGCAGGCUGUCAUCAGACUUAUGGAGUCCACAUCGUCCAUGACAUGGGUGACAUCCGGUGGCCUCUUGACCGGCGAUUGCCCCGAGUUCGCUUUGAUCGUCGGCGCUGCACGCACUAUUCGCAAAGAAAAGCGUUCACUUGACCUGGUAACUCUUGACUACGAUGCCGAGACCACUUCGAAUCAGCGACUAGCCGCCAUAGCUUCCGAUAUCCUCGAGAGACAACACACCCAAGGAGGCCGCAACGGCGAGACCGAAUACUGCGUCCAAGGCGGGGUCGUACAUGUUGGCCGGGUACUGCCGCACACUGAAGUCAAUAGCGAGCUCGUGCCUGACUCCGGCAUUACCAAGAUGGCGCGACAACAAGACGGACCACCUGCUGUGGUUGCUCAGCUGGCAGGGGCAACAGGAGAUCUGGUCUUCUCUCGCGAUGAAGAUGUCGGACGGCCCCUCCAGCCAGAUGAGGUAGAGGUACAAACUCUCGCUAUUGGCCUGACAGCCGAAGAUGGUGCAGAUGAUACAACAUUCCUCAGCCACCAGAUGGCAGGCAAAGUGUCGCGUGCCGGUGACUCUGUGAAGGCGGAAUUCCCGCCAGGUUCGCUGGUCGCGGGUCUUGUUGCAUCCUUUGACGGCCAUUUGAAAGCAGCCGAAUUUGUCGAGCACCUCCAAGACCGCGGGGUUAGAGUCAUGGUCCUGCGCGCAGAUGUCACCCGUCUCGCUGAACUAGAGGAUGCGGUGGAGAAAAUCAGGUCUUCCUCAAGAGGACAAAACUUCCCUCCCAUUCGAGGAGUGCUCAAUGCUGCCGCCAUCAUUCAGGAUGGGCUCUUCGUGAAUCAAUCCUCGGAAGCUUGGCACAAGGUGGUCCAGCCGAAGUUGCAAGGCUGCUUGAAUCUGGACCGCGUCUUCUCCGGCACGGGUGCCACAACUGCAGGUCUUCAGCCACAGCCUGAGCUCGACUUCUUUGUUAUGACGAGCUCAGUGGCCGCUACCAUGGGCUCAGCCGGUCAGUCCAGCUACGCCGCGGCGAACGCAUUCCUCGACGGUCUCGCGCGACGUCGGCGAGCACGGGGGCUUCCUGGGGUCUCGAUUGUACUGCCGCCAAUUUUCGGCAUCGGAUACAUCGCACAACAUCGUGAGAUCGAACGUGCCGUGACAGGAAAGGGCAUGACGGGCAUACUAGAGCCAGAAAUGCUCGAGGCUUUCGAAGUCGCCAUGCUGCCCCAGACGGUGCAUGAUGAUCUAGUGGGCGAUCACAUCAUUGCCGGCGCGCAACCAAGGCGAUGGGGCGCCACUAUCCGAGCCGCGGGAAUCGACCCUCCGUGGGCCGACGACCCACGGUUCAGCUGGGUCCAGGUUGCGGUCGAGGAACAGAGUGGCCACAGCGACACAAACGGAAAAAGUUCGGCUUCUCAGCAGCCUAUCACUCAGACCAUUCGUGAGGCUUCCGAUCAAGCUGCGACCGAGAAUAUCGUGCUGGAGUACGUGGCCACUCGUUUGUCACGGCUCUUGAUGCUGGACGAGGUCAAGUACAAUGCGGCACUUUCGAACGUGCAUGUUGCCCUGGCGAGGGACAUGACAUUCGAAAACAUCAUGCACAAGAAAACAGCCACAACACACGAGGGUUUCUCAGCCAUGCUCAAUAAAGACAAGGAAGCCCAGCAGGCGGCCGUCAACGAGUACUUCCAGCACUGGGAUAAUAAGGAGGCAAAGGGGGAGACGGAGGCAGACAGAGCAGCACGCACAAAAGACUACGCCAGCCUGACCCGCCAGUACUACAACCUAGCGACCGACUUCUACGAGUACGGGUGGAGCCAGUCCUUCCACUUCUGCCGCUUCGGCGCCCGCGAGGCCUUCGGCGCCGCCAUCGCCCGGCACGAGCACUACCUCGCGCACAGCAUCGGCAUCCGCAAGGGGCACAAGGUCCUGGACGUCGGGUGCGGCGUCGGCGGCCCCGCGCGCGAGAUCGCAAAGUUCACGGGCGCGUACGUCACGGGCAUCACCAUCAACGAGUACCAGGUGCAGCGCGCGGCGCGGUACGCGGAGCAGGACGGGCUGGCGGGCAACUGCCGGUUCGUCCAGGGAGACUUUAUGGACCUGCCGUUUGACGAGGGCACGUUUGAUGCUGUUUAUGCCAUCGAGGCGACGGUGCAUGCGCCCAGCCUUGAGGGGGUUUACAGCCAGGUGUUCAAGGUGCUGAAGCCGGGCGGCGUGUUUGGAGUGUACGAGUGGGUCAUGACGGACGCGUAUGACAACGAUAACCUGCAUCACCGCCGGAUCCGACUCGAUAUCGAGCAGGGAGAUGGCAUCGCCAAUAUGGUGAAGGCUGAGGAGGCGCUGCGUGCCAUCAAGGCCGCGGGCUUCGAGCUGAUGGAGGCAGAGGAUCUUGCUGAGCGAUUCCAGGAGGGCGCAGAGGGAUCCGAUCCAGCGCCGUGGUACUGGCCUCUCGACGGGGCUGGCUGGAGGUAUGCAAACACUAUUGGCGAUUUGGUUGGCACCAUCAGGAUGACGCGAUGGGGCCGUUGGGCUGCGCAUAACUUCAUGGCUGCUCUUGAGAUGUUGAGGCUCGCGCCGCCUGGAACGAAGAAGACGGGAGACAGCUUGUCUAAGGCCGCGGAGGCCUUAGUGUUGGGGGGAAAGGAGAGGCUUUUCACGCCAAUGUUCUUGAUGGUGGCUCGGAAGCCACUCGAGACGCCGGGAGCACUUAUAUGA